CUAAAAGCCAUCCUCCGCCGUGGACGAGUUCUAAUGGCUAAGCGUAUCUUCAAUUCCAUGAACCGCGAAGGUGUACCGCCGGCUCUCUCCACAUACAACAUUCUUAUCUGGGGCUUUUGCCUCUCGAUGAAAAUGGAGACGGCGAAGCGAUUCUUUUCUGAAAUGAAAGAGAGGGGAUUUUCGCGGGAUAUUGUCACCUACAAUACCCUUCUUAAUGGCUGGGUGCGGGCGAAGAAGAUGGACGAGGCACAGAAGGUUUUUGAUGAAAUUGUUGCUGCUGGUCUAGUUUGCAAUUCGGUUACCUACAACCUUAUGAUCAAAGGACAUGUGUCUUGUGGAAAUGUGGAUGAUGGAAUCCAGUUGUUUGAUGAAAUGAAGUCUAAGGAGCUGACAACCACUGAAAGGACAUAUGCUGCUCUGAUGCCUGGUCUCUGUGAUGAUGUGAACAGGACUGCAGCUGCCCUGAAGGUUUGCAAAGAAAUGGCUGAGAUGAGGAUUAAUCCCAGGGACAAGUCCAUAUUUUUUAGAUUGAUCACAACAAUGUGUAGGGCUGGGGACUUGGGUGGUGCAUUGGAUUUGCACCGCUUGAUGGAUCAGUUUCAGGUUCUUUUAGAUUCUAGGCAUUACAGUAUAUUGAUUGAGAGUCUCUGCAAUGAUGCCAAGUUUGACCAGGCGAUUGAAAUGCUUGACGAACUCCUUGAGAAGGGCAUCUUGUUGGGUCUUCAAAGUUUGCCUAUAGAAGCCUCUGCAUACAAUCCAAUAAUUGAUUACUUAAGCUGCCAUGGCCAUACUUUGAAGGCAGAUACAUUCUUUAGGCAGCUGAUGAAAAGAGGAGUUGAUGAUAAGAUUGCAUUUAAUCAUUUGAUUCGUGGACAUGCCAAGGAGGGGAACCCUGAGCUUGCAUUUGAAGUCCUCAAAAUCAUGAACCGUCGUGGUGUUGAAUCGGAUGCUGAUGCUUAUGAGCUUCUUAUAUAUAGUUUCUUGAAGAAGAGUGAGCCUGCUGAUGCUAAGACUGUUUUGGAUAGCAUGGUUGAAUAUGGGCAUCUACCUAGCCCGGCUUUGUUUCGAUCAGUAAUGGUUGCACUAUUUGAUGAUGGGAGAAUCCAGACAGCAAGCCGAGUGAUGAAGAUUAUGAUAGAGAAGGAAGUGAAGGAGAAUCAGGACAUUGCACAAAAGAUCAUAGAAGCUCUCCUCAUCAGAGGACACAUUGAAGAAGCUAUCGGCCGCAUCAAUUUGAUGAUUAUGAAUGGCUGCAUGCCUGAUUUGGAUAGUCUGGUAGUCUACCUGUGUGAAAAUAAACAUCCAAUUGCAGCACUCAAGCUUGUAGAAUUUGUAUUGGAGAGAGACUAUGAUAUCAGCUUCUCAAGCUAUGACCGUUUGCUUGAUGCUCUCUAUAUUGCUGAUAAGAUACUACCAGCAUACUCUAUACUUUGCAAGAUCAAAGCCAAAGGUGGGGCAGUGGAUAAAAAGGGUUCUGAGACGCUCAUUAAGACGUUGAACGCCCAGGGGCACACAAAGCAGGCGGAUAUUCUCUCAAGAAUUCUCUCAGGAAACACUGUUCUUGAGAAGAAGAGGAGAAUGCCAGCCUAGGCCUACUUAAAAUUUGAAUCCACGUUUCUUUCCUGGAACAUGAACUUGCAAUGCAACAUAAGAAUGAGUUCAUCAAACCCUCUCCAUGCCUGACGUUGAUGGGUUCCUCGUGCAUUGGUGGCCACGAGUGAGAGUAUACUGUGCUUGAGUGCCUCAAGCCUUGUGCUCUGGGCAAUUGUUUAUGCCUCUACGAAGGGGACUUGUGCUCUGGGCAAUUUUUUUUCCGGAAAAGUAAUUCCUUGACAUUUUAUUGUUUUUUUAUCUUUGCUUCCACAUGCUGUUUAGACUGUAUUAAAUUGUUUUAGAAAUUAUGAUGUCACUCCAUUUUUCUCAAUUGCCUUUUAUUUUUUUAAAUUUUAAUUUAAUUGUCUUAGGGUCUG